AUGGCGAAGUUCGAUGUGAGCUUGCAGAGGGCCUCUCUGCUCAGCGACGCGACCACAGUGGCGCAAUUACCGCCCGAGUUGCUGCACAUCAUCCGUGAUCAAACCCCGACCAACCUUCUGGACGCUGUCUCUCAGGCGGCGCUCAUACCUCGACUUACAGGUCGCAUAUUCCCCCAUUUUGAGCCGGUCUUUGCAGAUAUCUGCGCUCGAUGGGUCCUCAACACUCCGCACGGCAGCUGCGACGAUGAUAUACUUGCAUCAUUUGCUAGAGUGUUACCAUUUUCUCCGCAGCUUUCUGUUUUCCUAGAAGGUUAUCUCAAAACCAUCGCACUGCGGAGCCAACCGUCACAAGGGCGCGGCACUACGCGCCUCGAUCUCACCGAGUCUUCGCAGUCACUAGGCCCAGAUGCAUUCCUACGGAGGCUUCUGGCAGUAUGGCGCCUCCUCAAUUUCGAUCGCAAGGCUUUCUCGUCUUUGGUGUUGCCGUCUGAUGUCCAAGACCUCUUCUCACACUCAUACGCCCCUGUCAGAUAUCUAGCAAUACGAAUCUUCUGUCUCCUUUUGAGAGCAUCCGAUCAGAGGCUUGAAGCUCUCGUUCGGCAUCACAUACCUGAGAAUGAGUCCCUGACUGGUGACUUUGACGGCAAGCCUAUAGACUACGCAUUUUUGUCAUUAUUUGAGCAUGCUCGUGCCAAGGGCAUACAGAAGCAGAUUGUCGCCGUCAAAGAACAAGUCCAUUCAUUUGCCCCUUCACACAUACCACCUCAAAACCUAACCAGCUUGGUCGUCCACUAUGGGAGCACUGUACUUCCCCGGCCGCGCGGUCCGCCAAAGCGGGAGUCUUCCCUCAUUGCCACCCCGACAACCCUUCGGAAUCUUGAGAGCCUUGCAAAGCUUCUGCAGCAGGCAGGUCCCAUACUUCUCCAUGGCUCUUCAGGUGCUGGUAAAACGGCCUCGGCUCUGGAGCUGGCGCGAGAGCUCGGCAUGGACACAAGCCUGGUCACACUGCACCUAAACGAGCAGACUGACGCCAAAAUGCUUAUCGGCCUAUACACCACCGGGACGAAGCCCGGGUCCUUCGAGUGGAGACCUGGUAUCUUGACCACGGCAGUCAGGGAAGGGAGAUGGGUUCUGAUAGAAGACCUCGACCGCGCGCCAACAGAGGUCAUGAGCACACUCCUUCCUCUUAUUGAAAGGGGCGAGCUCCUCAUUCCGAACCGUGGUGAAACGAUAAAAGCGCCUAGUAGCUUCCGCAUUUUGGCUACGGUGAGGACACACAAGGGAAUGGACGGCCAGGAAAAUAUUCCUACCUUGCUUGGGUUGCGGUUUUGGAACUUGUUGCCGGUGCAAAAUAUGGUGCAAGAUGAGCUCCAGACAGUUAUGCACGAGAAGUAUCCUCUGCUGAGCAAGUUCGUGUCAGACCCGAUUCUCAAGGUUUACGAACGCGUAUGUCUCCUCCUGAGCAGCUCAGGACUCAUCCCGGGUGUGUCAUCGGCGUCGGAACGUCCGACUAGCUCAAGAGAUCUGUUCAAGUGGUGCCGGCGUCUCGAGAGGAUCGUUGCAUCAGCAGGCGCGAAGACAGGCAAAGAACCAAUCACCGAGACGGCAUACGACGGCAUGUUCAUGGAGGCGAUCGACUGCUUUGCAAGCGGCAUCAAGGAUUCUCGAGUGCGAGACAAGCUGAUAAUUCACAUCGGCGAGUUGAUGGGCAGGUCGAGCCAGCGCGUGGAGCACCACCUCAGCUCCCACAUUCCCCGUCUGGCGGAAACCGAGACACACCUGACUGUGGGACGAUCAAUCUUGCGCAAAACGAGACGACCGGAUCGCGUGACGAAAUCGAAGAGGCCGUUUGCGCCCACCACACACGCCAGACGGUUGCUGGAGCAGAUCGCUGUGGCAGUGAGCUUGAAGGAGCCGGUCUUGCUUGUGGGAGAAACCGGUAUAGGCAAGACCACCGUGGUACAACAGCUUGCUGAAAGCCUUGGCCACAGGUUGGUAGCCGUGAAUCUUUCACAGCAGAGUGAAGUUGGCGACCUCUUAGGCGGCUUUAAGCCCAUCAACGUGCGCAACCUGGCUGUGCCUUUGAAGGAGGAAUUUGAGGACUUAUUUGCCUCAACCGGCAUCUCAGAGGAGAAGAACCAGAAGUAUCUAAAGUCGAUCAACAAGAGCAUUGCGAAGGGAAAAUGGUCAGACGCCGCGAAGCUCUGGAGCCAGGCGCCAAAGAUUUUCGAAGAGAUCCUCAGAAUGAAGGUUGCUGAAGACAAAACCCGGGACAAGACGCGUGAUGCCGAUGGUCAACCUGCGAAGAGGCGAAAGACUGGUUCGACGAGACUGGAGACACUGCUGGAGCUCAAGCCUCGUUGGGAGAAGUUUUCAAAGAAUUUGGAGCAGUUCGCGAUCCAACUCUCAGGGGGGUCGGGAGCGUUCGCGUUCGCGUUCAUCGAGGGCAACAUCGUCAAGGCCGUCAGGAACGGAGACUGGGUGCUUCUAGACGAGAUCAAUUUGGCAUCACCGGACACGUUAGAAAGCGUAGCGGAUCUACUGCAAUCAGGACCAGACGCGACGCCUUCGAUACUUCUCUCGGAGACAGGCGAGAUCGAGAGAAUCCAGGCCCACCCCAACUUCAGAAUUUUUGGAGCAAUGAAUCCAGCAACUGACGUUGGCAAACGAGACUUGCCCCAAGGCCUCAGAUCGAGAUUCACCGAGCUGUACGUCUCUAGCCCGGACAAAGACUUCAAGGAUCUCGUGACUAUCAUAAAGUCUUACCUGAACGGCCAAAACUCUCAGACUGAUCAAGCAGCCGACAAAGUUGCCAACCUCUACAUGCGUAUCAAGGAGCUUGCUGAGGCAAAGGCGCUUGUGGAUGGCGCAAAUGAAGUCCCACAUUUCAGCUUGCGUACUUUGACUCGAGUGUUGACAUAUGUCAAUGAUGUCGCGCCGUUCUAUGGACUUGAGAGAUCUCUUUACGAGGGUUUCUGUAUGGGCUUCUUGACACUGUUAAGUCGGGCAUCCGAGACACAGGUCAUGCCUUUGAUUGUACAGUACUUGCUUGGUAAGGAUCCCAAUCGUCUUCUGUCAAGACCACCCAAGUAUCCAAGCGACGGGCGUGAAUACGUCAAGUUCACGGACACAGACAACAGCCGGGUCUAUUGGCUGCUCAAGGGAGCUCAACCCCCGCAGGAACGGGCGGACUACAUUAGGACACCAUAUGUUGAGCGAAAUUUGCUAAACCUGGUGCGAGCGACCUCCACCAGGCGAUUCCCCAUCCUCAUUCAGGGACCAACGUCAGCAGGAAAAACGAGUAUGAUCGAAUACCUCGCCGAGUAUAGCGGCAACAAAUUCGUAAGAAUCAACAAUCACGAACAUACCGAUCUGCAAGAGUAUUUGGGCACAUAUGUAUCAGGCUCAGAUGGCAAGUUGAAGUUCCAGGAGGGCCUGCUCGUCCAGGCUAUGCGUCAGGGACACUGGAUUGUCCUUGAUGAGCUGAACUUGGCACCAACCGACAUUCUUGAAGCGCUCAAUCGUCUACUUGACGACAAUCGCGAACUUUUGAUCCCGGAGACUCAAGAAAUCGUCCGUCCUCAUGAGAGUUUCAUGCUCUUUGCAACGCAGAACCCCCCAGGACUCUACGGUGGUCGUAAGGUCCUCUCAAGAGCUUUCCGUAACCGCUUCCUCGAGCUGCACUACGACGACAUUCCCGAGGACGAGUUGGAACACAUUUUGCAGAAGCGGAGCAUCAACACGGCGCCUUCCGACUGCAAGAGAAUCGUCUCGGUUUACAAGGAGCUUUCCCGCCUGCGGCAAACUAGCCGAGUCUUCGAACAGAAAGACAGUUUCGCAACGCUAAGAGACCUCUUCAGGUGGGCUCUUCGGGAUGCCGACACACGCGAAGAUAUUGCGAACAAUGGCUUCAUGCUUCUGGCAGAGCGUGUCCGGGACGAUGAGGAACGAGACGCGGUACGGCAGGUCAUCGAGACGGUUUUCAAGGUGAAGAUCGACCCCGACCAGCUGUACAAAGAGAGAUUCACUCAGGCCAUGCGACGGGCCGGUCUAAACGAUAACAAGCAGGGCGUUGUGUGGACCAAUGCCAUGCGCAGACUGUAUAUAUUAGUCUCACAGGCUCUGCGGAAUAACGAGCCGGUCCUCCUGGUUGGUGAGACUGGAUGUGGAAAGACGACCAUCUGUCAGUUGCUUGCCGAAUCUCUUGGCAAAGAGCUGCACAUCGUCAAUGCGCACCAGAACACCGAGACGGGUGAUUUGAUCGGCUCGCAGAGACCAGUCCGGAACCGCGGCGCGAUCGCUGAAGCUUUGAAGCAAAGUCUCGUGGAAGCGUUUGAAUCUUUGGCACAGCUUUCUCACGGUAGCAUUGAUGACCUGUUGGCACGGUACCACGCGCUCUCCUCAGACGACAGGAGUCGAGUUCCUGAAGUUAUUCAGGAGAAAGUGCUUGCCAACGAGAUCAGGAGUAAGGCGCUGUUCGAAUGGUCCGACGGCAGUCUCGUUCAUGCUAUGAAAGAGGCGCAUUUCUUUCUACUGGAUGAAAUUUCCCUGGCAGACGAUUCCGUGCUGGAAAGACUGAACUCGGUGCUUGAGCCGGGUCGAAGCCUUUUGCUAGCUGAGAAAGGCACUGACAAGUCUUUCGUGCGCGCUGCGGACGGCUUCCAAUUCUUCGCAACGAUGAACCCUGGCGGCGACUUUGGCAAGAAAGAGCUCUCGCCCGCGUUGAGAAACAGAUUCACAGAGAUUUGGGUGCCGCCUUUGUCAAAUAGGCAAGACAUCUUGGACAUCGUGGUUGAUAAACUCGAGCCCCCGUUCAAGCCCCUUGCAAGUGUCAUUGUGGAUUUCUCAUACUGGUUUGGCAAGACGUGCCGCUCGUCAACAGCGACUGCCUUCUCCAUUCGUGAUAUUCUGGUUUGGGUAAACUUUGUCAACCAUGCCGAGAGCAUGCAGCCUGCCAUGGCCCUGUUGCACGGAGCAGCCACUGUGUUCAUUGACACUCUUGGUGCGAACCCCUCGGCUCUGCUCUCACUGGAUCCAAAGACCAUGGAUGAGCAAAGACAGAAGUGUUUGGACAAGCUGAAUGAGCUCCUUGGAGAUGGCAUCGAUGUCAGUGCCGUUUACAGGAAUGAGCCACAGCUAGCAAUCGGCACAGACUUUGUCCAGAUUGGUGGAUUCUCUGUCGCUCGGAUGCCUAGCGGCAAGGACGAUUCUGCUUUCGCAUUCGAUGCCCCUACUACCAAGAUGAAUCUAAUGCGAGUUAUCCGUGCCCUUGCCGUCAAUAAGCCUGUCCUUCUUGAGGGUAAUCCGGGCGUAGGCAAGACGACACUCGUCAGCGCCCUGGCUCAGGCAUGCGGACGGCCACUCACUCGAAUCAACCUUUCAGACCAGACGGACUUGAUGGACCUCUUUGGUACCGACGUUCCCGUCGAAGGCGCGGAGGCCGGCAAUUUUGCAUGGAGGGACGCCCCCUUUCUCCAAGCAAUGCAAAAAGGCGAGUGGGUUCUACUGGAUGAGAUGAACCUCGCCUCCCAAUCUGUCCUCGAGGGCUUGAACGCCUGUCUCGAUCACCGAGGAGAGGUAUAUGUUUCUGAACUAGAUCAGGUCUUCAAGUGCCACCCAGACUUCAAGCUCUUUGCCGCCCAGAACCCGCACUCGCAGGGCGGUGGCCGAAAAGGCCUGCCUAGCUCCUUUGUCAACCGUUUCAUCGUGGUCUACGCCGACGUGUUCACUGAGCAGGAUCUCAUGCUCAUUGCCGGGAAGAGGUAUCCAAAUGUGCCUGCGGGUAUCAUUCAGAAGAUGAUCAGAUUCGUGUCAGCUCUGGAUUAUGAGACCUCCAUUCGCAAGUCCUUCGGGUCUCACGGCUCUCCUUGGGAGUUCAAUCUGCGAGACUCCCUUCGAUGGUUGGAACUUCUAGCUUCGGACGACAGACUGCUUGCUUCAGCGCAGGCCUCGGACUUCUUGGACAUUAUUGUCACGCAGCGUUUCCGCUCUGCGACUGACAGGGAGUACAUUGCACAGUUGUUCACAGGCGCUUUUGAAGCACCGCCUCAACCACACAGUCUGUAUCACAGCCUCACCUCGGCAAUCUGUCAGGUCGGACUGGCCCUGCUGGAUCGCAACCCACUGCUUCAGCCGAGCCGGUUCCCUAGCAUGAACGCUGUGCCACGGCUCGCGGAGAUCGAGUCUCUCCUGAUCUGUGUCAAACAAAACUUGCCGUGCAUUCUUGUCGGUCCUUCUGGAAGCGGAAAGUCAUCACUCCUUAACCAUGUAGCUGCGUCUGUCGGAAAAGAGUUGAUCGUCUUCCCUCUGAAUGCGGACGUCGAUGCUAUGGAUCUCGUCGGCGGAUUCGAGCAGGCGGAUCCCUUGAGGGAGCUCCAUGCCAGCCUGGACGAACUCCAAGAUGCGCUUUUGGAGUUCGCCUUGUCGCUGCUGCCUCAAAACUCAUCACAAAAUGCCGUCAAUCUAAUCAGCCUUCUUGACGAGCGUCGCGGAGACCAUGGUCUUUCAGAGAUCACUGUCUGCAUAGAGGCACUGGCCUCAGAGGUACCCGCCGACUCUUUGCUGGGCCAACGCCUUACACAGGCACACCAGAUGCUGAAUUCUCCAAGAACACUGGCUAAUCCGAGAUUUGAGUGGCUCGACGGAGUCAUUGUCCGCGCCAUGGAAGCAGGCAAGUGGCUCGUCCUCGACAAUGCCAACCUGUGCAGCGCGUCUGUCCUCGACAGGCUGAACUCCCUGCUUGAGCGGCCCAACGGGUUCUUGAGCAUCAAUGAGCACACCGGUCCAGAUGGCGAGCCAAGAAUCAUCAAGCCUCACUCCGACUUCCGGAUCUUUCUGACUAUGGAUCCGUGCUAUGGCGAGCUGUCUCGUGCCAUGCGAAAUCGUUCCAUCGAGAUUUAUCUGGAAGAGUCGCAGAUGAAGUGUGACCGCUACAUUUCGAGCAUAACGCCAAUUGAGUCUUCAAUGCGGAGAUACGGUCAUGCUACGCAUGUGAGCACUGAGGCUUCAAUGAAUGGGGCGCUUGAAGUCACACGGUUGGCCCUUGACAACCUCAGUCUUGGAGAUGCCUCGCUUCUAGCGAAAUAUGAGAAAGCCCUCGCCAACGGUUUAGGUCCUCUGCAAGAUGCAGCAGUUCCUGAAGUCGGCUCCGAUGUAUCAGCACUCGUGUCAUACGUGCAGUCGCCAAAGGCUGCAUCGACAAGACAAGCCGUCCUUGAAUUGUACGCGGCUGUGUCAAACGAAGUAUCAGGGAAGGAAACACUGACGCCUACGCAACCUCUUCACACACUGCACAAUGGACCCAUGGCCAGCCUUACGGACAAACAUUCACCCAAGGCUGCAGAGUGGCUUGCAUUUUGUUACGAAGUGAUCUUGGAGAUCCAACACGCUCAGCAAGCGAUGCAAUCACAAAUUCGGACUCUUGACAGGAGCAAGCCCUCGACUCUGAACCGUCUGCAGCGAUCGCUUGUAUCCGGCCAAGUCGCUACUGUGGCAAAGGAUUCGACCGUCAACGUGGCAGGGUUCCUAAGCUCCAUCAUUCAACUUUUAGAGAGAUACAUCGAGUCCAGUCUCCAGCAUUCAGAGUCCAGUACGGAUAUCAAGCCAGCGCUGCGUGCGCUUCUUCACUACUGGUGGAGGACGUUCCAUUUUGUCACUGGUGCUUCAUUUGAGGAGGCAAAGUUCCAGGCCCAUCUCAAACAAGGCAUUGACGCACUCGAGUCUACCGCAGCCAAUUUCAAUGGCCAGCGAGGACUGCAGAUUCUCACAGAUGUCCUUGAUAACAUCCAAGAUGCUUUCACUGUUGGCUUCAAGCUCACUACAGGGUUGAGCAUGGAGACGCUCUGGACCCUUCUCAGACCAGCUCCCGUCACUGACCAGGCCACUUUCUUGGCCAUUCGCGAGAUGGAAAAGCUGGCAAUCCGCUUCGAUGCCAUCAGGUGGAGGUCUAAUGCUAGUGUCGCAGAUCUCAGCGAGGCCAUUUCAUCCCUCGCCGAGGCCUACAGCGUUGUGCGCAAAAAUGCUGUUGCAGCCGCCGACCUUCUACACGUCUUACAGGGAGAAAUCGAGCGCCUUGAGGCCAAUGCCAACGAUGCCCGCGAGGUCACUCCAUUCUUCGAACACGAAUUCGAGACGUUGAGGCAAGCAUUGACUGUUCAUCGAGCGUCGCGCCAAUCUCCUGUCUUCGUGGACUUGCAAGACGUCGUCGUACUGUCCAACAUACCGACCCUCUCACAGAUGCGACUUCAGAGCUGGACCAAUGCUCAGCGACUUCUUCAUUGCAUGGAAUAUGUUCUCGUUCAAUCUUCGGAUUCCCACCCAUGGAACGGCCAGCUUAUGUCAAGGCUCAUUAAUCAGUAUGAUUCAACGGCUUCUGCCGGUCUCUUUGCCCUCCAGUCGCUUGAAAUAGAGCUGCCAGCCAUGGGCAAACUUCUUGCAGGUUCCUCGGAAGCCGUCUCGGCAGACUCCAUUGGCUGCCUGAACCAAAUCCUCUGGCACUUGAUGCGGGAAGUCGUUGGUUCUCACGACCCGCUCCUCCUUCAGGAUUUUGUGUCCCUGUUCGAACUUUUGUCACAGAAACUCGCACCAAGGUCGGUGAGGAUUGAGCGAGGCGGCUUGGUCUUCGAACUACCGAGCGAUGGAGCCUCUGGACAGUUCAGAUGCCCAGAGCACAGUUUGAUCAUAUUCAGGCAGCACUUCAUACCCGCAGUAGUUGCUCUGGUGGCGUCCGAGAAAUCCAUAUCUCAGAAGAGUGCCUUCGCUGCUGUGGCGUGGGUGCACUUCGCCAUCGGAUGCAUCAUACUCUACGUUCCAGACAAGAUAUUCGAUCCCUACUUGCGGGCCCAGACUGAACGGAAUUCUCACGAGGAGCUCUUGACCAACCUGAGGCGCAAAUGGCAAGCUCUCUGCGCUUUCGAAGCGAGCUUCACGGGUCAGGCGUCAAAUCUGCGUGCUGAACUGUUGCGUGAGGAGAUCGAGAUCUUGGGUGAGCCGCCGGCCGCUGCGAUUACUAUUUACCGUCCAUCUAGCGUCGACUUGGCCCGACUUCAGGGAGAGUUCAACAACGUUCUGAAUGCCGUUGUCAAGAGCGACGUCGCAUCCGCGUUCUUCGAGUACCUGGCUGUCGGGACCGAAGGCAAGGCGCAGGAAGUGCAGCUUGUCAAAGAAAACGUUCUGCACCUCAUUGAACGCCUUUCCAGUCGCUUCCAAGUCUAUGAGGACUUGACGAUGCCUUUGGUGACGAUUCUACGCUGUCUACAACUUGGACUUUCAUUGGGCACUGUGUCUGGUGCUGGACAGCGAUCAGAUACCAGCUCGCUUCUCGGAGUCACGCCCAUGCUAGGGGGAUCACUUUGGAGUAAUGCCACUCAACUCCCUCAUCAAAGCUUGGAGUUUCUGUCGUACGUUGGUCUUUGGGUCAGUGUGAAUGGAAUCGAAAGCCUUGAUGUUACUCUACGGCAGCUCGUAUUCCAAUCCGUUCACUACUUCUAUGAAGAGUGGAGCAAGAAGCUCGACGCCGAUAAGAGGCAGGAAGCUGCGAGGAACAGCCUGUAUAGGUACAAGGGCGGCGUUGAUGAAGAGGAGGAGGCCGAUCAGCAAGACUUUAACGAGCUGUUCCCUGAUUAUGAGAUGGAGGCUGAAGAUCAUGCCGCCACAAAGAUUCCAGGCCAAGCUUCCAGAAACUUGUCGCUGAGGUUGGCAGAGCGGCACGAAAGGAUUUUCCUCACGCCUCAGGAUACCCAACAGAGUAUGGUCAACUUCUGCAAAGCCGUCGCCCGCAAAAUCUCGGGCGAAGCUACGCAGUCCCCUCUGGACGCCCAGAAGGACCGAGCUCUCCUACCUGGUGCACUGCUCGUCUUGGACGAGAAGACGGACAACUUCACAUCCAGCACUACUUCUGCUGGCUACAACUUCUACACAAGUGCCAAUCUUUUUGAGUCUCGCAAACUCGUGAACCUGGUUCACGGCAUCCAAAUGCGCUUUAGGGAGCUCCAGCACGUGGAUGAGAUCGCGCACUUACAGCCUCUUGCCGACGUCCUGGGCGCCUGCGAACAUGUCCUCGAGCUGAGUCAUUCGGACCCUCUUGCAAAGAUCAUCCCUCGCGUCGAGAAGCUUGUUGCGUUCGUCUACGAAUGGCAGCAUGGUGGUUGGGCCAGUCAUAUCUAUGGUGCUUUGAACCUCUACAAUAGACUGACAGAGACUGUCGUCAGCUGGCGUCGCCUGGAACUCGCAACCUGGGCCAAGCUGUUCGAUAUGGAGGUCGAAAAAUGCCAAACUGAUGCGAAGUCUUGGUGGUUCGUGGCUUAUCACGCUGUCAUUGCCAUUCCCAUGACAAAGAUGGAUUUGGGACAGGACUUGAGAGACUACACAGUGCAACUGGUAUCUGACCUCGAGAUGUUCUUCUCAGAGGCUGUUCUGGGCGAAUUCCAGACACGUCUUGGGUUGCUUCGCCAGCUGAGCAAACAACUUGGGCUCCUGGUCCUGGACUAUGCACCACUCCAGCUCAUCCACAAUGCAGUGCUGAACUUCAUUUCCAUGUACCGCCGCUAUGAGAGCAAGGUGGCAGAAGCAACUCAAAAGGGCAGGGCAUCGGUCGAGAAGGCAAUGAAGGAUGUUCUAAUGCUCGCCAGCUGGAAGGACACCAACAUUGUGGCUCUGCGGGAGAGUGCCCGCAAAUCUCAUCAGAAGCUCUUCAAACUUGUCAGGAAAUUCCGGGCUGUCCUCGGUCAGCCUAUGAGAUCCAUCAUCGACCAAGGCCUUCCCGACGAGAGUCAUGUAAGCAGCAACGUAACGAAGAGCGAUUAUCCAGCGGUUCCCAAGCCGGAUGACGCUGCUGCUUCGAUGUGCCGAGAGUUGAUUCCUGGUUGGCUUGACGAUGCUCACGCCAGGCGCCUCUCCAAAGCUGGGAAGAUUAUCAGCAUCAUGUCAAAGGCGUCCCAAUUACCUGAGUCCACGAUAAAUGCAGCGGAAGUUAUUAGCACUUUCUUGUCUGACACCAUGUCUGCCAUGGCUUCAUUGAAGCAGGAGACCCCGGCUUUCCUGAACGACGAAAAUAAGGAACAAGUCAAGCAUCUCAAGACUAGAAAAACUCGUCUGUUCGAAGACACGAUCAAGGCAAUCCGGACCAUGGGCUUCACUCGUAACCUCAACGAAGCUCAUCUGCGCAAUCAAAAGCAAUUGGCAGCUGUGUUGGCCAAGUUGGAGAACCUACCUUCGGGUGGUGACUCAAGCCUGGCAGAAACGGAGUACUAUUUCCUCAAGGUUCUGGAUCUGGCCCCGCAAGUGAGGAACUCCUUGCACGACCACAAUGGCGAUCUCACAAACGAAACCGUCCGACGAAGUACCGGUUACAUGGAAGGCAUCAUUCAUGUGCUCAUUCAACAACGCUCUUGCCUAGCCGACAGUGCCAACACGCUAGCUACUGUGGAUGCUGCUAUAUCCAACCUUCAAUCUCUCAUUAUCUCCAAUCAGUCUGAGAACCUGGUCACAAAACGGGCAACGUCAAACCAUAGCCAGCUUCUGCGUUGGCUCAUUCCUGUGCUGAACUUGGGUCUCCAUCUCAUCGAGGUACACGGCACACUCGGUAAGGUUGCCAAUGGUCCAGUUCGGUCCGCGCUCGAAGACUGGCUUGCGAGAUUCACAAAACUUCAAUCUCGGUUUGAGGCAUGCCAAAGAUUGUCUGAGGGUCUCGACUCAGAUACCCGAUCGCAAUUACGAGAGCAGCUGCAGGAGAAGCUGGACGACUUCGAGGCAACCUUGCAGUUGCUUGAGUCUGAGCGGCCUGAUCUUGGCUUCAUCUUUGAGCAGCUUCAGAUUUGGACCACUGUCACAGUCAGCGACCAGCAGGCUGUCACAACAAACGAAGACGCCACUGUGUUUGUCAGUGAGACCUUGAACCUGUCAAAGAAGGUCCUCGAUGCUGUGCAAAAAUUGCAAAAGGCAGCUGCGUCCAUACCAACAUCGACAGAAGACGCAUCGUGGCUUCUGCAGUACAAUGACACCCUCGCAAAUAUGCUCAAGUCUCUGCACAUGAGGACAAUAGUUGAUAGCAUCAGUGACUCCGUUGCCCGCCUGGACAACCUGAGACUGGACGAUCCUACUGUCAGGAAUGCUGCGUUUUCUCUUCUUGCCGUCACGCUGCCGUUGUUACAGCAAUACUCCAACAUAUGCCGCACGACCGUCACAGACUUGACCAAUGUGCACUGCGCCAGCUCUAAGAUGGCGCUCAACCUCGGCAAGGCAUUCGUGGAGAUUGCUUCCAGGGGCUUCUGUACUCCGCAGGAGAAGUCUGACGAAACCUCAGGAGACUCAGGCAAGCUCGAAAGCGGGACAGGCCUCGGCGAUGGCGAGGGCGCUGAGGAUAUCAGCAAAGACAUUCAACCAGAUGAAGAUCUCUCCGAGCUGGCGCAGGAGCCUAACAAGGAAAAAGAUGGCGAGAUCGAAGACCAGGAAGAUGCGGUUGACAUGGGCCAAGAUGACAUGGAGGGCGAGAUGGGUAGCGCAGCUGGUGAUGACGAGGACGAGCAAGGCAACAAAGAUGGCGAGGAUGAGGAAGACAAGGAGGAAAUGGACGAGGAAACUGGCGAUGUGGACGAUCUCGACCCCACCGCAGUCGACGAAAAGAUGUGGGAUGGAGACGGCGACGACGCGGACAAGGACCAGCAAGGAGACGACACAAAGGGUCAGAAGAACGAAGAUGAGCAGGUCGCUGCCAAGGACGCGCCCGAGAGCAAAGAUGCGCAGCAGCAAGAGGAACCCGAGCAGGGAAAACCCGAGCAAGAAGUGGAAGAGGAGGAAGAGGCAGGCCCAGAGCAAGAUGACGCCGGCGCGCAGGAGGAGUUGAACAGGCAAGAUCAGAACGUCGAAGAAAACGAGGCAUUGGCACUACCAGAAGACAUGGAUAUCGAUGGCAGCGACGACAAUGAAUCAGCAAUUUCUGACGACGAUUUGGACAACUUGUCGGAUGUCCCGCAAGACACCGAGGAGGAAGCCAAGAAAGAGGGAGACGCCGAGAGUGUCGACGACAAUGAAGGCGAGCAGGGCGAGAUGAAUCAGGACGAUAUGGAACAGGAGAUCGACAGCGAAAAUCCAGAUGAGGACAUGACGGGCGACAAUGCCGAGAUGGAAGAGAAGGAGCCGGAGCCCGAGGAGCAAGGUGCAGACGACUCUGGCGAGAAGGACGAGACAAAGCCGCCGUUGGACCCCAACGACAACUCCCAUACGAAUCCAGACAACGCUGCCCCGAGCGAUGUCAAGAGCGGCGCUGGGCUGGACCAAAAUGACAUGGACAACGGGCAAGAGGAUGAUAACUCUCAAGCCAAAGCGGCACAACGCGAGAGCGGCGAGAUGGGUCAGAACACGGACGAUCAGCAGACCGCCGCCGGGAACGAGGGGGCGAUGUCCAGGCAAAAUGAGGACCAGAACCGCUCUGAUGAAUCCAACAAGCCCGACGAUUCAGCGCAGUCGCAGCCGUUCAAGAAGCUUGGAGAUGCCCUCGAGAGGUGGUACAGACAAAACCAAGACAUCAAAGACUCCAUGGAUGAGAACCAGGAAGCGCGUCAACAAGACGAUUCAGAUAUGGCUCAAAAGGAGCUCCAACAUCUACAGAACGAUGAUGAUGCCCCUGACGCCCAAGCCCUUGGUACGGCUGCCGAGGACGAAGUCCAGCCCAUCGACGAAUCCAUGGCCAUUGACGAGGACAAGCAAGACGACCAGAGCCGAUUAAUGCCUCAGCAAGACAACAACAUCGACGACAACAUGGACGUUGACGAUGAGGUAGACGGUGCCGAACAAGAAGAGUCCAAAAACCAAGAUAUGCCUGAGCGCGACGAGUCUCGAAGCGGCGUCGCGACCAGACGCGGCGCCUUCGACCGUGAGCGAUCCGAGUCUCCCACCAGGACAAACCAAGUGGAAGAGCAAGAGGACGAAACUAUCGAAGAAACGUCCACGCAACUGGACAGCACGCACCUCAGCGACUCGGACCGCCCGCUGCGAGACUACCAGCAGGCCCUUGAGACCUGGACGGCACUCCAAACCAAGACGCACCCGCUCUCCCUCGCGCUGACAUCCCAACUGCGGCUCAUCCUGACGCCCUCGCAGAGUACCAAGCUGUCAGGUUCGUACCGCACGGGCAAGAGGCUCAAUAUCAAGAAGAUCAUCCCGUACAUCGCGUCGAGCUACAAGCGCGACAAGAUCUGGAUGCGGCGUGCAGUGCCAACCAAACGCACGUACCAGAUCCUGCUGUGCGUGGACGACUCGCAGUCGAUGGGCCACACGACGGCGGGCGCCAUGGCGCUCGAGUCGCUGGUGAUGGUGUCGCGGGCGCUGGCGAUGCUCGAGGCCGGGCAGGUGGGCGUGGUGGGGUUCGGCGCGGACGUGUUCACGGCGCACGAGCUGGCCGCGCCGCUGCUCUCGUCGCACGACGCGGGGGCCCGCGUCCUGCAGAACUUCACGUUCGCGCAGGACCGCACCGACGUCGCGCUGCUGAUCCGCCGCACGCUGGACCAGCUGCGCGCGGCGCGCGCCACCGGCUCGGGCGGCCGCGGCGGCGACGACCUCUGGCAGCUGGCGCUGAUCCUGUCGGACGGGCUGACGCCGUCAGACUCGCACGAGCGCAUCCGCCGGAUGCUGCGCGAGGCGCUCGAGGAGCGCGUCAUGGUCGUCUUCAUCAUCAUGGACGACAGCUCCACCCGCAAGGGCGACAGCGUCCUACAGCUGGGCAAGGCCAAGUUCGUCCGGCAGGCCGACGGUAUCAGCGAGGUCGUCAUCGAGAGGUACCUAGAUACCUUCCCCUUCCAGUACUACCUCAUCGUGCACAACCUGGAGGAGUUGCCGGGCGCUCUGGCGGGGCUGCUGAGGACGUGGUUUGCGGAGGUUAAUUCAUAA